AGUUAGUUCGGAGCUUAAAGCGUCCGCGUAGUGUUUAGUCUCGGUCGUGAAAUCCCACGCCUAGUGUUAUUGUUCGAAACCACCCACCGUUCCCCGCUCCCUAGACGCUUCCAAUCAAGGCCUUUUCCCUUUACUCAUCAAGGGCUGAGGGCCGAACGGAGAUUCGAAGAAAGGUGUGUGUGAAUGAUUUUUUCACUCCAAACUGUUUUGCAUUAUCCACAAGUUUCCUACUGAAUCACCAAGAUGUCGCACUCGGUCGUCAUAACGCGGACCACAACCACCACCACCAGCACAUCUCAUGUUGUUCUCAACACUGGCUAUUUGAGAACAACACCCGGUCUGCUGAAGCUUGCUCAACUGAUUAUUGGCGCUGUCAUUGUGGGUCUAGUCGCAUGGCAUCUGCGUCGCUACCAUUCCGUCUACGCCAGCGGUAAUCCGGAGCUGUUCUUCCUGCUGAUGGCAGUUUCGUUCCUUAUCGGCACAUUUUGCUUGCUGGUAUCAUGUCUGGUUUCGCUCAGCACCGGAGGAAUCAUUUCCAAAACUAUCUACGAACUGGUCUAUCACACCAUUGCGUUCCUACUGUAUCUGAUAGCAUCCAUCAUCCUGCUGGUGGACGUCACCAAUGGAAGAUAUUACUCGAAUCUCAAGGAUGCCUACAUGGCAGCUUCUAUAAUGGGAAUCAUCGUGUCUGCACUCUACCUCUUUAGUGCCUUGUUGGCUCAGCGAUCAUACCGAGGCAUCUAAGAUUCGACUUAGCAAGUAAUAAACUUUGGCAGUCGAUACCUUAACCAUCUAAAUGGCGUCAAACAUUACAGCUAAAUAUAAUCUACUAUCCGUCUAUCGUUAAAGCAUCAAGUCGAACUCUCAAUAAGAUACAAUGAUUGUGGUAAGUUACUACUGAAAACAGUCUCAGAUAUUUUCACAUCAAACCCCGUUUCCAGUCAGCUAAAGAUUGUAGCAAUAAAUGUUCGUCUUCUCGCAACGUAUUUCGCACAGUGCGAACAGGAAAUGUGUGCCUACAGAAUAUAUUGUACAAGCCUUUUUACAAAUUUUCGAUUAUCUUUAUUCAAGCUCUAUUAGAACUUUUGAGGAACUAUAUUGCAAACACACGCAUUUUAACUGCCAGCCAGAGCCUAGGGAGAUUUUGUAGUUUCUCCAGAAAUACUGAAGAGUUAAUUAGUUUACUAGUCGAAGCAUUAACUUGUUUCAAACAAACGUUUUGAAUGAGCUUUUUCUAUUUAAAUUUAUUUGUAAACUUUUUUUUAAAGCAGUGUAUCGUGAGAAUAAAUGUUUUAUUAUA